AUCAUUGCCACUUGCUGGUAUAAGUAGAGUAGUUAAUAUGACAUCUUUACAUAAUGCAAAACUUUCCAUGAGUGCAAACGUUUGUGUAACAUAAAUAACUCUUCAAGCAAAUUUUUCAAAUGGAUUUCAAAGUUCAUCUCCUCAUUUACAUUUGCGUUUUAAUGCAUGUGAUGGAUUCUAUAGAAGGUGUGAAUGAUCAUGCUCAUGAAUCUAGACCCGAAAAUGUCCGACUAUUAGGAAUUGAACCAGACCUUAAGCACGACAUGCUCGUAGGCAUGGAUAGACUCAAACCAGAAGAUGAUGAACGUAGUACAACUUAUUCAAAUUCAGGUCACAGAAGUAAGAGUAGCGAAGGAGCUUACCCAAAAGGAAUUUAUAGACUUAUCGUGUUGCCUUCAAAGCUACAAUCCAUCAGAGAAAACGAAUAUCACAAUUCUUUCCCGGUAGUGAAGUUCAAAUAUCUCAGAACGAGCAUAAACGAGGAAAGAGAUAUUCUGAAGAGUACAGAUGAAUUCCUCAGACCAGAAGGUAUGACGAUUUACAAAAGGAGGUUGAAUUUGGAUCGAAAUUUGACUCCAAUCAGACGGUCGACUGCUAUGAUAGGGUAUUUGGGAGAUAGAUCUAAGGUGGAGCAACAGUUAACUAUGGCAACUAGUUUGGUUUCAGAAGAAGACUCAAUGCCUGGAUCUUUAGUUGAUAAAUCAUAUUCAUCUCAGAUGAGAAGAGAUUACCUUGCUAGUCUGUUGAGGAGGAUUGUAGCUUCAAAAUACAAUCAUAGGAGUCAAGCUCUGGUCGCUGGUGGUUCAAAAUCAAGAUAUUCUGUGUCAGGAAGGGAGAAAAUUUGGAUUCUGACAAGCACCUCCAGGUUGUACCUCAGAAGAAGGUGAUUAGUUUGUCUGAAAGAGGUGACAUCAGUAAUCUUGAGGUUGUACCUCAGAAGAAGGCGAUUAGUUUGUCUGGAAGAGGUGACAUCAGUAAUCUUGAGGUUGUACCACAGAAGAAGGUGACUGGUUUAUCUGGAAUCCUCUCAAAAAGUGACGACAUUAGUAAUCUUUUAGUACGCAAACAACAAGAAACCCCCCAUUCUUUUGAUGGCAUCUUGAAUUUGGAGAAAGUCAGGUCGAAAAGAUCACUGGAAAGGAAUCCUGGGCUACUGGGGGAUGUGAAUGUUUCUGUCAACAAAGGAAGAACUAGGAGAGCUUCAAUUGAUCUCACAGGACUUCUGCCUCCCAUCAAACUUGACAUUGGUAGAUCGGCGCCUAAAACGGACAAUUCUGAGAGCACCGAGGAUCAAGAUGAAAAUGACGAGAGAAGUGCUAGAAUGAAUUCUAUCAACAAAGGCAGAACUAAGAGGGCUUCAAUUGAUCUCACAGAGCUUCUGCCUCCUAUUGAACUUGAAAUUGGUAGAUCGGCGCCCAAGUCGGACAAUUCUGAGAGCACCGAAGAUGAAGAUGAAAAUGACGAGAGAAGUACUAGAAUGAAAAUGGGUAAGACACGGACUAGGAGAUCAGUUGAGAAUCGUAAGAUGUCUCGGUUACUGGGAUCAGUGGAUGUCACUGUCCACAAGGGCAAAUCGAAGAGAGCCUCAAUAGAUCUCAGCGACCUGUUGCCUCCAAUGUCUCUUAAGAUUGGAAAAUCAGCCUCCAACUCUGGAAGUGCCAAGAGUCGAUCAAAGAGAGCCUCAGCGGAUCUUUCUGGCUUGUUACCCAAUGUCGACCUCCAAUUUGGGAAGUCUGAGAGAUCCGUUCCUGAUUCACCCCAAAAUAGAGAAUCAGUGGAUCUUUCUGGCUUGUUACCCCCUGUCGACCUCCAAGUUGGGAAGUCUGAGAGAUCCGUUCCUGAUUCACCCCAAAAUAGAGAAUCAGUGGAUCUUUCUGGCUUGUUACCCCCUGUCGACCUCCAUGUUGGGAAGUCUGAAAGGUCCGUUCCUGAUUCACCCCAAAAUAGAGCCUCAGUAGAUCUUUCUGGUUUACUACCCUCUGCCAAUCUCCAAGUAGGAAAGUCUGAAAGAUCCAUCCCCAAUUUACGCCAAAAUCCACUCGCACCUGCUUUAAUCCUGUACUCUGACACAAAAAUGGAUAGGGAAGUUCCUUAUCUGCAAGAUAUGUUGAGGUAUUUCAUGAAGAAACUUGCCAAGUGUGAUGACGAUCUCACCGAUGAAGAUUCGGAUUUGACUAAACAAACAUCCAAAAUAAAUUUGGAUAAUCCACUUAAAUGACUUCCAUAUUAUUAUUGAACGGUUUUCUUAUUCCACCAUAUAAAUUGGAGGGAUUUAGGAAUCUAUUAAAUAUAUUAAUUAAUGUAUUAUUCUCAAAUGAAUCAUGUUAAAUCACAA